CUUCAGUGCUAGUACGGUUUGCGGCUUAAGCACCGCCGCGGUCUGAGGAAUGUCAACUAUUCAACAUGGAGGCGGAGGUCGAUAAGCUGGAACUGAUGUUCCAGAAAGCUGACUCUGAUCUGGAUUACAUUCAAUACAGGCUGGAAUAUGAAAUCAAGACUAAUCAUCCUGAUACAGCAAGCAAGAAAAAUCCAGUUACACUCUUAAAGGAAUUGUCAGCAAUAAAGUCUCGAUAUCAAACUUUGCAUGCCCGCUUUAAACCAAUAGCUGCAGAGCAGAAAGAAACUAAGAACCGCAUUUGUGCUACUGUCAAUAAGACUAUGACCAUCAUACAAGAACUACAAAAGCAAACAGACCUGGAGCUGUCACCACUGACUAAAGAAGAAAAAACUGCAACAGAGCAAUUAAAAUCUUUCAUGUCAGACUUAUGAAGAAAUUGACUUCAAAUGGGAAUUCCAAUGGAGAAGAGAUUAAUUCCAGAAAGAUUUAAGAAGAUGUCUUGUUAGCACUUGAUUGGGGGAUGGUAAAGAAGAUUUGUCUGGGGUGUUUGGAUAAUGAUGCCUUUCAGAAGAGAGGGACUAUCACAAGGGCAGAUAAUAUAUGAAUAAAGUUUAGCCAAAAGGAUGGAAUGGGAAUAAAGGGAUUUAAAAAUAUAUAUGCACACAAACUUAGUCUUAUAAUUUCAGGCAAGGAAGUCACUUAACACUGUUUUGCAUCUGUUUUUGUGUAAUUGGGAUAACACUGAUGUCCUGGCCUAUCACGAAAGGAUAUUUAUGUACUAUCAGUCAGUCAGAUGUGAAUUAACAUGCUUUGGAAAUUAAAGGAUAGAAAAAAAUAUUUGUAUUACAUUAUGUGUAUGAUUUUAUUUUUGAAAAUUCUGAUUAUAGAUAAUAGUCACUUUAUUGAUGAGACUGCUAAUAUGUGAUCUCUAGUACUCCACAAAAGCUAACUUUAGUAAUAAUAAAUUGGAUUUUCUGUGACAUCCUCACUUUUUUUUCCCUAUUCCUUCUGCCUGCUAAUGUUAAGCAAUGUGAACUCUGCUUUCAAAUGCUGUUUGAGAUUGUCCCUGUUGUGUAUCAAAGUACCUUUGUUCUCCUUCAGCCUGUAUUAACUGUAAUUGUUCAUUCUGUAUGAAAGCUAAGAAACUGAAAUCAGAGGAUCACUGGCAACUACUACUUGCCAGUUUGUGUAUAUAUGUGUUUGUGUGUGAAUUUCUAUAUUUUUAAAUAACUAUUUGUAUUAAGGUCAUCAUAGGGAUAGAUCUUGAUACCAAGAUGUCAAUCACAGGAUUAUUUAUACUAGCAAUACACACACACAUACCUGGCUAAUGGCAGAUAAACAGGAAAAUAAAUCAUGGUGUAUCCAUAUAUUAAGAAGUCAAGCUGCCCCAGUAACUUAUUACUAUUAAUGUUCUGGGAAAUGCUGAAGCUAUAUUAAAUGGGGGAGGGGAAAGCAGAGAUUGCAGUUUUGUAGUUAAGAUUGUGCUGGUGGCUCAGCAGUGAGUGGCUUUGGCUCAGGGCAUGAUCCUAAGGUUUGGGAUCGAGUCACACAUUGGGCUCCUAGUGGUGAGCCUGCUUCUCCCUUUACCUAUGUCUCUGCCUCUUUCUCGGUGUCUCUCAUGAAUAAAUAAAUACAAUCUUUAAAAAAAAAAAAAAGAUUGGGCUUUGGAGUCUGAGAUGUAAAUAGCAGUUUUUUAAUUCUAGCUAUGUGAUCCUGAGCAAAUCACUUAACUUCUGGGUGUCAGGGUGGCUGGAAGCACAAUGAGAUGGUAAAGUGUUUGAGUUUGAUAAUUAGUUAUCCUUCAGUGAAUAUUUCUGUGUAUAAUAAAAAUGAAGCAUUGAAAAGACUAGGAAAAAUGCAUCAAAUAUUAGUUCUGCAGGUUAUAGAAUUAUAUUUUCAUAUAAUUAAAAAUUUGUUAUGAACAUCUUACUUUCCAUUAACAAAUUUGUAAUACAUGACAAGUGGCUGGGAGAGUAGCUUCAGUUAAAAUUGUGCUGUGUAGUUUGAAUAUUUGAAGAAUAGAAAACCCUCUUUUUAAAAUUAGAAAUAAGUCAUACUUCAAUAACAUUUUCUUCAGUACUCAGUUAAUAUUAAGGGGAAGUUUUUGUCAUGGAAUGGCUCUGGGAUGUGAUACUGAUUGGUAGAAUUGAAAAAUGUAGCAUCAUAAAGAAGUCACAACCAGUUUCUAGAAUUUUUCCUCUGUAACUUCCUAUACAGUUAUCUUCUAAAUGUUGGUUCUUUCCGUCAGCCCCCUUAAAAUUGUUAUCUGUGCACUUCUCUAUAUAUUCUUUUGUUUCCCAAGCUUCGUUUAUUGACUCUGUCAAAUUCCCAAAUAUAACUUCUUCCAUUAGAUUUAGAAUAUUCACACUGAUCAUGUCCAGAGUACUUACUGAUAUAUUUUGUCAAUGACCACUGUUCUGUUACUGGAAUUAAAAGUUUGCAUCCAGGCAGCCCUGGUGGCGCAGCGGUUUAGCGCCGCCUGCGGCCCGGGGAGUGAUCCUGGAGAACCAGGGUCAAGUCCCACAUCGGGCUCCCUGCAUGGAGCCUGCUUCUCCCUCUGCCUGUGUCUCUGCCUCUCUCUUGCUCUCUCUGAAUGAAUAAAUAAAUAAAUCUUAAAAAAAAAUAAAAGUUUGCAUCCCUUGA